AUGCUUUGUCGUCCUCGACCACCGGAAAUAGCACGCCCACUAUGUCUCAUUUAUCCUGUUUCUUUUUGGAAACGAUUUUGGCGAUCAAUGAUUCCACAUAAAGCGUUCACUCCAUGGUGGAGACUGCUACAUGAUACGAUUGGCACCCGACAAAAGCUACAUGGAUGGAACAUACCUGAGGUGGAAUCCCCAAUAUGUCAAAUCUGCAAGGCCGCGCCAGAAGACCUCUACCACUUUGUUGUGGGUUGUCCUAGCAAGCGCCAAUUCUGGAUCGACGCUUUAAAUGCAUUUGAGCUUUUUGCCAUCUUUCCUACCCACCAAGAAAUAUGGAAUACUGUUUCCACAAUUUAA